UCAGCACGUAUAAAUAGACUGUUAGAUUUAAGAGCAUUCAAUCGUUCCUCGUGUUUCAACGGGAAAUAGAAAAACAAUCAUCAUGUUCAAACUCUUGGUGGUGUUCGGCCUCUUGGCUGUUGUAAACAUCUGUUAUGCCGGCUGGGUCGCACCAGCUGCAAUUGCUGUUCCCGCUAAAACUGCGUGGGCUCCUGCCGCUGGAUGGGGUGGUGCCGGAUGGGGUGGUGCUGGAUGGGGUGGUGCCGGAUGGGGUGGUGCUAAAUGGGGUGGUAACGGCUGGGGUGAUGCUGGAUGGAAUGGUGCUAAAUGGGGUAACAGCUGGGGUGCCGCUCCCAUUGGAGUUAAGCUAGGCUAAAUCUUUUUUAUAUUGAUAAAAAACUCGCCAUUAUCCCACCAACUACACAUCGCAGAAUGUACCUUGUCUUUAAUAUCAGAUACAUACAAAUUUGUUGAUGCAUUUCGCAA